AUGACUGCAGCAGACACUCGUGAACUCUUAGUUUCGCAAAUGGGAGCUCACAUGCAUUACAAGGACAGAGAGAUUUUUGACGAAAUGUUUCCAGCUUUUCAUUAUCGCCAUGAUUUCAAUGAGGUGAAAGUUGAGGUUGGGACUAGCGAACUGAAGAGGAACACGUCUUGCCGUCUUACGCUAACGAGAAAGACAUUAUCUGGAGAGCGGCUAUGGAGUGCAGCCCCGUUUUACCAAGCAAUAAACGACGAGCUUGAAGACCUUGGCAUGGCUCCAGUUCACAUAGAGAAUUGGACUAAAGAUGAGCGCGCUUUUAUCGACGUCGAUCGCAACGUCUGCAGUACCCUGAUGAUGGAGCUGGUUGUGACUGCAAGGAUGGAAUCUGUACUCCCGCUUGCCCCUUGCCCCUGCAUUAGUCUGAUGGGUCCAGGUCAGAUUCGAAUGCGAAGCAACGGUAGAAUAGAUAUCAGAAGCUUGUUGAAACGACUGCAGAGUGUGGUACCAAAUGUUACUUCUGAUUGUCCAAGUAAAUUUGUCGACCGUGGUCGUAAGGUACCGUGGUAG